AACCUGAGUGCGUACGCCGAAAUCAAAAAGGAGAGUUGAGGCACGGCGAAGGGUCAUCCGUCGUUUUGUGUGCGCGUUGCGUUAGUGAGAGAGAAAGCGAUGAUGAAAGCGUCACCACCACGACGACGACGCGCGGCAGCACGGCGCGCGCCGCGGCGAGACGCUGCGGCGGCCGCGGCAGUCGCCGCCUCGGCGGCCCUCGCGCUCGCGUGCCUCGUCCUGCUGAGCGCACCGGUGCCCUCUGACGGAUUCUUUCGACCCAGGCCAAACAUCAAAGAGCCGGGCUUGGGGGACAACGGAGUCAACGUCUUCCCCAGGAACACUAGGCGGCCCGCCCCGCUCUGCGAUCCUGCUGGUGACGGAGCACUGCGAGCGACGGUGCCGAUGAUGCCGUCGCAUCAGGAGCGGGGGAGUAGCUGUUCCGGGCCGACGAGGAUGCCGUUGCUGGUGAUGCUCGGGUCGGCGGGGGAGAGCGAGUUUGAGAAGGAGGAGGAGGAGGACGGGGAGGAGGACGGGGAGGGCCAAGAGGAUGGGGUGCAGCUCCCAACGGUUGAAGUACCGGAAAUGAUGAGCGAGGAGGAGCGAACAAGGUUGUGGAUGGGGGUGUCUCGGGCGGAGUUGCAGGCGGUGAAGCUUGAGCGGCAGGGGGAGACGGAGGAGGCCGAGAAGUUCCGCCAGCGCGCCAAGGAGAUGCGGUACGAGGACCCGUACACGGCCCUGCAGGACGAACUCGACGAGGCCAUCAAGAACGAGGAGUUCGUCAAGAUCGCGCGCCUGAGGCUGCAGAUGACCAAAAUUGGGGUACCCCCCAACGCGGAGAUGCAGGCGAGGGCGGAGGGAAAGGACCCCAGCGCCGUCGCGGAGGAGACGAUGAAGCGGAUGCCUGGCAUGUCUCGGGGGAGCGAGAAGAGCUCGAGGUCUGGCAGGCGGUCAGACGGCUCCACGGAGACUGAUGGGUACAGCUCCAAGAGCGUGACGACCACGAACGGCAUCAGGGUGGAGGUACGCAGCCAGUACUACCCGGAGCAGAGCAAUCCCCUCAAGGACCAGUACAUCUUCGUGUACAAGGUUAAGAUCACCAACCAGUCGUCGCAGACGGUCCAGCUCGUGUCGAGAACGUGGGAGAUCAAGGCCAUCGAGGCUACCGAGGCACCACAGCUGGUCAAGGGCCCAGGGGUGGUGGGGCAGCAGCCCGUCCUCGAACCCGGUCAGAGCUUCGAGUACUCUUCGGCGUGCCCGAUCACUUGCGCUCCCAAGGAGGGUUACCAGGUGCUUGGUAGGAUGAAGGGCUCGUACUUGAUCGUCAUGGGCGCCGUGGGGGAAGCAGCGUUCGAAGCGAAGAUCGACCCUUUCUACCUGAUCCUGCCUCAGGCUGUGCUUGACGAACGCGCCGGGGGCGGCGGGCCCCCCGGGGGGGGCGACAUGGCUGGGAACAACUGGUAGCGUUGAGGGAGGGGAGACCAGCGUCAGUUUAUGGGAGCAGCUUGUUGACCUUUAAGGAGCGACGACGGAAAUGAAUUUUGUCGUCACGUCCAGGCAGACGCAACAGUUGGCGGUUGUUGUCAGUGAAGCCGUUCGGUGGUACGGGCAUGUAAACCAGCAGUUGAUUGCGAGCAAAGUGGACCCCCCCCUACCCCCUGCCUCCCGCCGCCGCCGCCCUUCCUAUUGUAUUUUGUGCGCUCGUUUGUGGCGCGACAACGUCGAUGUGCCCCUCAUAUGACGCUAAAUGUACCGGCUCUGCAGCUUUUGCUUUUCGCCGUUAGAUGGGGGCACACGUAUUAAGUUCACCUCUUGCGAAAAAGAAAGUGUGAAGUGCAGCACGCACGUCUCUUUUUCUAGGCCUUUAGGAGAACGCUACUUACUGCCGGCGGUGUCAACACUUUUCCUUGAUUUAUUCUUUUGUGAUUUGAUGGCUAUCGUGGUUGCGAGAUUUAGCCGAAAACCCUCGCGGCUGCCGUGUGGCACAUGGAAGGCUCGCGGAGUUUGAGAGAGAAGGAGGCAAAAUUGUUGUUGUAACUGCCGGCGAUAUCGUUCGGGGAGGAGUUUUUUUUUUAUUUUUCCGGCGUGUAGUGGGGGAAGGAGAACGUGAGCGUGAAAGUGGUGUUAACCCGAAUUCUCUCUCUUCUCCGUGCACGGUUUUGUACAGGUGUUGGUGUGUGUGUUUUUUUUUUUUCUAUAUUUUGGUUUGUCUCUGCGUAUAUAUCUGCAUGUUUUGGGUGUUUUUCCCUCCCAGAUGGUAUGAGUUGUGUACUUGUUGCCCGCCCGGUAUUCCGCGCCUUUUGGUCGUUUUGGUUUCAGUAUUACUCUGGAAAUUUCCGUCCUGCCUCGAACCUCGAGGUUGCUAUU